GAGCGCGACAGGAAGGGACUCUUCGAGUUUGGCGCCCCGAGGACCUCGAAGUUCAUUGAGGAGGCCAUCAAGGAAAGCGAGGAGCAGAGGAAUCUAUAAUGGAUCGCAAGACGAGAAAGGCGAACUUCAAAAACCUACAGCCUCGAUCAACGCGAAGCACCAAAGCAUCCAAUGAUGACUUAUCGCUAUCCAACUUUUUAGCCACACCCGAGGAUAGUGGAGAGGAUGUCACGUCUGUAUUCUUUAUUCCACGAGAGCCUGAUCCACCCGCUCCCAAAAUAAAACCAAUACGCGCCAGCAAUGUCUUUGAGAAACCAGGACCCAAACCCAAAAAGGCACCCAAAAUCAAGGGGAGCAGUGGAUCCACCUCAUCUACUGCCCGUCGAGGACGUGGGAGAAGCAAACAGCAGCCUAGUAUCAGUAACUUCCUAAAGAACGAGCAGAUCUUCGCUGAGGUGACCGCCCAGCACUGCAUGGCGGACAACUUCAGUCCAGAUGACAUUGAAAUGGCGCUGGCGCUGUCCAAGUCGGAGGCUGAGAAGCAGGGACGCCUGCGCCUGAACGACGACGAGGACGCAGUAGUUGACCUCGUGGAUGAUGACGAGGCAUCAACUGAGAAAAUAAGGCUCAAGCUGCAAAAGUAUGGCUUUCGCACAGCCGCUAAGGAAGAUUACAAAUCCUUGGCCGUCCUGCCUGUGAUGGCUGGAAAAGGUGGCAGACGUGGCAAGUGGGCCAAUAAGUUCACUGCCCUAACCCUACGUAAUCCCGAAGUGCAGCAGAAGAAGCUCGAGGACAAGGUUUCAGCACUGCUGGCUCAUCAAGUGCGCACGAAAGAACCCAAGGGCAAAGACCGUUUGAUGCCGCCCUAUACUGUGAUUAGUUCGUCCCUUCAGCAACUCAGAGCUAAAAGUAAAUCUCAGAUCCUUCGAGAACCGAGCGAAGGUGCCAUUGAAGAUUUAAGUCUUUAUUAUGUAUCCGGCUUAGUUGAAGUUAGCCAAACGCCUGCCCAUCAUCUCCUCAAGAGCUUCGCUGCCAUACAGGGAAGAGACUUGUCUCCAGAGCGGGAGACCCCGAAAUCCCGCCAGUUGAGGCAGCAACUUGAACUUGUCUAUGAAGAGUUGGAAAAGCAUUUCGGCGAUCAACAGAUGUUGGAACAACAAGUAGCUGAGGAACUAGAUGAGUUGGAAAAGCUGGUGGUCGAAAACAUGAUCGAAGAUGACUCCAAAGUAUGUAAAAGUGUGGAGCCCGAAAUAUCAUCGACUAGUAGCAGUCCAUCCAAGGAGCCGCCAGAUAAGCGAGCUAGAAUGGCAAUGGAAGAGAAAGAAAACCUGCAACCCACGACCCCAAAAGCCAACUUAACCAUUCCUAAUCAAACAACUCGAUGCAUCUCCCCCGAUCUCUUUGCGGAUUCUGAUGAUGAGCCGGAUACAGCAACGGCUUCUAUCUCUAAAGAACCCGAAGAGGUUAGGGAGCUCUCCAUGAAGGUUUACAAAAAUAUCAGCAUAUCUGAAUCAUCUUCUCCGGUGAAGGAAUUUGAAAUGAAAUAUAGCAUUGAAGGAGCUAGUCAAAUAACCACCUAUGAAGUGUUCUCCAGUUCAGGAGAUGAAGUAAAGACUGUUUCCAACGCUUCACAGCAGAAGACUUCUUUUGAUGGUGAACCCAUAAAUGACUUCAUUGACCUAACGCAAGAGUUUGAAAUGUCAGAUGUUUAUGAGAAAACCACGAAAGAAGCACCACCCGAAUCUGGUUCUAGUGGGGAUGUUCUUCUAAAUUACAGUUCCCAGGAAGAAAGCUGUCCCAUCUCAAAAGAACUAUACAUUAAGUACUCGAAGGUGGAUACGUUUCCUUCAAGGAAAGCAGAAGAAAAUGAGCACAAAGAUGACUUUUUCUUCAGCACAGAAAGUGACUUGAGAAGUUUUGAGCAGUCAUCGUGUCAUUUAGAUAUUGUAACCACUCCAAACCACUCGAAACAGAGUUUAGGGAGCUUUAGUGAACUCAACUUCUCGAAGAACUCAGUGCGAAGGAGCGUUAGCUUAUCAACGGACUACAGCUUCAAAAGUCCGCUAAACUGGAAAAUGAACUUAACACCUGAGAAGGGAGUAUCACCUGCGGCUUCUCCUUAUAAACACUCGGAUGCAAGUGUGGACUUAACGCAAAACAGUGACGACGAAAGCGAUGUGGUGCUGCUCUCCGACGAGGAAAUCAAUUAUUCCAUUUGGAAGGCCAAUAAAACAGUUAAGAAUCUGGAUGUGGAGGAGGAGGAAAGCUCAGACAGCUGCUUUGCUUCUCCGGUAACCAAAAAGCGGGCUAUUCCACAAUUCCAAACUGAAGACGAUCUGGAUGCCUUUCUGAAGUCUUUCAGUGCGGAUGAAAAUGGUUCACAGAACUCACAUUCGCCGAAUAAGAGUGCUCUUAGCAAGGAGCGAGCUGAGUUUGGGAUACUGGAUGCUGCUCCAUCUCAGCCCUAUAGCCUCUCUGAUUUUCAGAGCCCAAUGAAAAAGGACUCCCCAUCAAAUGGGGAUAUAAACUGGGCGGAGGCUUCGUUUUUAGAUGCACCAGCCAAGCCGCUGGCUCGCAGGAGUAGUCACAAAUUCAAUGAACUGCUGGCGAAGAUAAGCAAACCUGACAAUGGUUCGGAGGACGACUUUGAUGAAUUCGACCAGAUGGUCUUUAAAAGCACAAAGGAUGCCUCUGUUGCUGCCCAGGCAAACGCCAUGCCAAGUGGUCUGGAUCUUUUGUUAAAGGGUGAAAUCAAAACCACGGCAACACCGGAGCCAAGUGCUUCAAAGGAGCAAGCACCAGUUGUACCCGAGCAGGUGGAGGUAGAUGGAAACGUAUACACUGUACGGGUUUGUCAUACACCCAAGCCAGAUUUCACUACUCUUUCAGAGUCCGAGAUUCUCCAGCAGCUUUACAACUAUGGCAUAAAACCACUCAAACGCAAGCAGGCCGUUAAAAUGCUAGAAUUUAUCUACAACCAAACGCAUCCUAUUAUGAAAACAGCUGAUGCUCAGGAUUUCCCGCCCAGACCAGAGCCCAUUGUCCGCUCGAAAUCAACUCCCGUGAUGAUGGAGAAACCCCACUCAAGGCUGAUCAAAGCAACCACAGAAGUCUCCCUGACGCCAACUGAGCCGAAAAAGGAUUUCAAAUUUAAGGAUGCCUAUGGUGAGGAGCUGCUGCGUUUCUCCCAAUCCCUUCCGCCGAGUCUUUGCGAUGACUUUGAGACUUUCGUCCUGCAAACGAACGUUUCCAAGAAGACGCCACAGCCGCUGGUGCCGCUUCACAUCGCCUGGCACAAUCUUCUCUGCGCCAAUCCGCAACUGCACGAGAGCGUGCUCAUGUAUGAGCCCAUCGAUUUGCAGGAAGUCUAUUUAUACUUAAAGCACUUGGGUCACCGGUACGAUCCCAAGGAUUUGAAGACCUUCUUUGACCGGCGUUGCAUUAUCUUUCGCUAUGAUCUGGCUGCUCCCGAUAAGCAGGCGGAGCGUCAUGUGCGGAAACAUCCAAAGAAGCCGUCUAAGAGAAAGUAGAUCGUCGUUUCCGUUUGCUGCAUCACCUGUUAUAAGAUUCCUUUAUAGUUAUACCUUAUUCCGAAUGCUUUGUAUUAAUUUCUAGUAUUAAUUAUUAUGUUCUUUUGAGUAAGACAUUGUUAUUUGGCAUUUUGCGAUGUAAAAUUAUUAUCUGUAAAUUUAUAACUGAAAAUAUAUAUUCGACUCUAUACUA